AAAAGCUAGCUAGCAUUGCACAGCACAUGAAAGUUCUAGCAGAUUUCACUGGGAAGGACCUCUAGCGAUAAUUAUGCAAGUGCCCUCUGAAUCCGUUUGGAAUGCUUGUUUUAACGAGCAGAAAUUUGAAAGUUUGUUUUGUGUUAUGCUGCUUAUAAAGCAUUGCAAACAACGGGAGGAAUGAUUGGAUUUUCCGCUUGCCUGACGUAAGUUUUGUAUCAUGUGGUAGUGUUGUGAAAGCGGAAACAAUUGAAGGAAGUACUGUCAAGUGAGGAUGAACCCCGGGGAGUAAUAUGUCAAUCAAUUUACGUCAGUAUAAAGAAGAUGAUAAGUUGGCUCUGUCAGAACGGUUCACAUUUGCUAGUAUUCUAAAAGUGUUUUGUGGCACAAGUUCACUGUAGUGGGGGCGGCCGCCGGCCAUGACUUGAGCGCAGCAUGGUGGAGCUCGGCGUGCGCGUGGUGCGCGGCCCGGACUGGUGCUGGGGGGAGCAGGACGGCGGCGAGGGCCACGCGGGCACCGUCGUCGAGGUGGGCCGCACUGGCUCCGGCACCUCCCCGGAGGGCACUGUCGUCGUCCAGUGGGACGCGGGCAUGCGCACCAACUACCGCACCGGCUACCAGGGCGCCUAUGACCUGCGCGUCGUCGACAACGCGCCCGCAGGUGUGAGGCACCCGAACAUAAAGUGCGACGCGUGCUUCAAGCACGGCAUCCGUGGGAUGCGGUGGAAGUGCGUCCAGUGCUACGACUUUGACAUCUGCACCCAGUGCUAUAUGGCCGACAAGCACGACACGGACCACGCCUUCGAGAGGUUCGAGACCAACAGGUCUGUCGGGGUGGACAUGCCUCCUCGCAAGGGAGGUGUGAAGCUUCAGCUGAAGGGUAUAUUCAUCGGAGCCAAAGUGGUGAGGGGGCCGAGCUGGGACUGGGGAAAUCAGGACGGAGGAGAAGGGAAGACCGGUAGAGUGAUCGACAUCCACGGCUGGGACAACGAAUCGGGACGGUCGGUGGCGAACGUGACGUGGACGUCGGGCUCGACCAACGUGUACCGUGUCGGGCACCGCGGCAAGGUGGACCUGAAGUGUGUGCAGGAGGCAUCGGGAGGUUCCUACUACAGGGACCACUUGCCCGUGCUCGGAGCUGUGGUAGGCAUUUGCCGUUCGAGUCCAAACGGUGGUACUGUAGUGGCCCCGAGGCGACACCUGACAUUCAAUGUCGGCGAGCGUGUCAAGGUCACGUUGGAUGUGGCCUCCCUUAAGCAGCUGCAGGAAGGCCAUGGAGGAUGGAAUCCACGCAUGGCCAAUUACAUCGGUACAGUCGGGACCGUGCACCGGGUGACGGAGCGCGGGGAUAUCCGCGUGCGCUACGAGGGCUGCAACAACCGCUGGACGCUGCACCCGGCGGCGCUCACCAAGGUGAACACGUUCGCCGUGGGCGACACGGUGCGCGUGAAGGACGACUUGGCACUGGUGCGCGAGUACCAGAAGGGCCACGGGGAAUGGAGUGAGGCGAUGCGACCGGCGCUGGGGAAGCUGGGGCAGGUGACGCGCGUGUACGGAGACGGGGACCUGCGAGUCUGCGUCGACAACGAGACGUGGACUCUGAACCCGCAGUCCGUCACGCUGGUGACUGCCGUCGACAGCGAGCUCAGCAACACGAUGGGAGGCCGGAGUGCCGACAGGCAGGACCACGCCAGCCCGCUGGCGGCGCUGCUGCAGGACCUGGUGGUGGAGCAGGCGGCUGGCAGCAUCGACCGGCUGGUGAGGGAGGCCGCCCAGGGCCACGCCGACACCGUCCGGGACUUCAUCACCAGCUUCCCCGACAAGGUGGACGGCAAGAGCGGCGGCAAAACUUGCCUGCAGGUCGCGUGUCACCAGGGCCACACGGAGCUGGUGACGAUGCUACUGGACGCGGGGGCGUCACUUGUGCUGCCGGACGACGAGGGUGAUACCGCGCUCCACUACGCGGCAUUUGGCAAUCAGCCUGAGAUAAUGCAGCUGCUCCUGUCGAGAGGUGCGGACAUCGAUGCUGUGAACAGAGGUCACUGCACCGCGCUGCACGUAGCAGUCAACAAGCAACACGCGCAGUGUGUGUCUGAGCUGCUGAAGAAGGGCUGCAACGUCAACAUUCAGGACCUGUACGGAGACACCGCCCUGCACGACGCCAUCUGCAAGGAGAGUGCCGAGAUCACCGACAUGCUGUGUGCGGUGCCGAACAUCGACUUCACGCUGCGCAACCGCCGAGGCUUCAACGUGCUCCAGCACGCUGCCCUCAAGGGGAACAACUUUGCUACCGAGAGGCUGCUGCAGCGUGCCCGCCAGAUGGUGGACGUCAAGAAGGACGACGGCUUCGCAGCACUGCACCUGGCCUGCCUCAACGGACACCGCGCCGUCGCGGAGACUCUGCUCUCGCUCGGUCGCGCCGACGUCGGGUUGCGCAACAAUCGCAGGCAGACGGCGCUCCUGCUCGCAGUGUCGCAGGGUCACUGCUCGGUGGUGGAGCUGGUGGUGUCGACGGGCGGCGACGUCAAUGCGGAGGACGAGGACGGCGACACGGGGCUGCACCUGGCACUGAUGAAGCGCGCGUCCAUCUGCACGCAGAUCCACGAGCUGGAGGCGCCCGCCAUCUACGGGAUCUACACGCAGCUGCUGCAGGCGCAACGGGUGGAGGAGGAGAGCCCGGUGGCGCUGGCCAUCGCGUGCUACCUGGUGCAGGAGGGCUGCAGCCUGAGCAAGAGGAACCACCGCGGCAAGAGCCCGCUCGACCUGGUCGCCGGCAGCCCACACCUCGCCGACCUGCUCCAGGCCUACAACGUGCAGGGCCAGCCCGCGCCCGCCGCGGCCGCCACCGCCAGCCCCAAUGGCACAGCAGGAAUGAGCGGUAGCAGCAGCAGCAGCAGCAGCAGCAGCAGCAACAGCAGCAGUGCCGGCCACGCCCACCGCAGCACUGCGGCUGCGAGGCAGGCCGACAGCUCUGCACAGCCGCAGCCGCAGCCGGCGGCCGCCGAGCGGGCUGACGACGUGGCGGCCCGCGGCACUCGGCCCGCGCUGAACUGCACGGCCGCUGGUGCGGCGACAGUCGUGGACCAGCCGGGUCGCAGCGCGACCCCCGACGCGACUGCCUCGCCGGCCGCCGCCGCCAGCCCGCACCCCCUGCAGGGUGUGCCGGCGCGUCCGCACUCGGCGCCUCCCGCGCCACCCCCACAGGCCGUUGAGGCGCGGGCCCAGAGCCACGGCCACAGCGCGCCCCCACCUGUCGAGUGCGCCGUCUGCUCCGAGCUCGGAGACGAGAACGUGCGGUUCGAGCCGUGCGGGCACCGCGUCACCUGCGAGGAGUGCGCCUCGCGCGUCAAGAAGUGCCUCCGCUGUGGACAGGUGGUCAACAAGAGGAUCACCAGCGACGGGCGCACCAUCGCCUGCAAGUCAAGACACCCGAGUGCCGAGAGACUGCGCUACCUCGAGUCGAAGAUCGCCGAAAUCGAAGAGACGCACUGCUGCUCCAUAUGCAUGGAGCGGCGGCGCAACGUCGCCUUCCUGUGCGGACACGGUGCCUGCGCGCCCUGCUCGGCCACGCUGCGCACCUGCCACAUGUGCCGCAAGACCAUAACGCGCAAGAUAAACCUGUACUAGGCUGCCCGCCUCGGGACCGUGACGCGGAAGACUGGAGCUCGGCCGAGACUACGACGUACGGCGAAAACCUGUACCGGGCCACCUGCCACGUGCGUCGUGUGACUGUAGAGCGAGAGGGAAUCGGUGCCGGGGUCGUGUCACGGGCGUCGCAACUCUGUAACGUCGGAGAUGAACCUGUACGGGCUACCCGUCACGUAUUCCACGAGACAGUUGCGUCCUGCCAGCUUCUACCGAUGAAGGCCUGCGGGUAGAGUCUACAGUGGCCCGGUGCGUCACCAGGCGACAGAAACGAUUGCGGUGCCCAACUCGUGCCGGCACUGCAAGCUGCUGCAUGCGGGCUUACCAUGUACCCAAUAGCCAUAUGAUGUGCUGAAGUGAGAAAGAAUAUUUACGUGCCAAAUACCACAUACUUUCACAGCAGAGAUACAGCUGUGCGUUGCCAUGUUAAAUGAAGUUCUCUCCAAUUGUUAAAGCUAUGAAGCAGCUGCUUUCUCCGGUGAAAAGUCUGUCACACGCAGUUGUUUAAACUGUAAUGAUGUACUAAAAGGUAGUUAUAAAUGUUACUGCAGAUUGGCAUCAAAGAUUGUUUUUUUGAAACAUGGAAUUUGUUACCGACAAUACAAAAUUGAUGUUGUACUUGAAUAAGUAUUAUAUAUCUCUCAUUCCUAUUCACCAUCGGGUAAUAAAAGAAAAUGUAUGGAAAAAUCA